GGUACACGAUAUAUUAAAGCAUUCUAAUGUAUUAAUUAGAACAGUGUCAAGUAUGAGAGGCAAGGCAAGGCCCCUGACUUUCCUGUGUAGCCGAUGGUACAGUAAGCAGUCCCCACAGGCCACACCUCACCGACUAUUUUUUAUUAUUUCUUGUGUAAAGGAGAGAAGGGCAGUUAGAGUCAGGAAAAUAGAAAAGAAAGAGGAAGGCUUUGCCUCCAGGCUUGCACUUGUGACUUCUAUCCAUGUGGGCAGGCAUCCUUACAAAGACUGUAUGUACUAUGCAUGCAGCCUACGGUGGCAGAGUUGUGAGUAUCAAGUUAGAGAAGAGCAGACAGUUGGUGAGAUGACCAUCACAUUAGCUAUCUGAAUCUGUACAGUAAAGUAGCCUUCUUUGGAGUUGAUUAGUUUACGAUUCUUGAUGUUCUGGAAAUGAGUUUUUUCGGCUGGUUGGUUCUUUGGAGAUUUCAGUUAUAAUUCCUCCAUGUAUAGAGAGGGAGAGAGGGAGCUGUAGCAGUGGCGGCUACUGGGUUCAUCUAUCAAGGCAUUAUUUGAUGCAUGCUUCUUCUUUUUCCCAGAGGAACAGCAAUACCUGAAGGGCAUACAUUUUCAUAUAGCAAGUCCAAAUCAACUCCCCCAUGAAGUUCUUCCGGGCUUCAGUUAUUCAUUUAUUCAUCAUCCUAACCAUCAUUUUUCCCUUUGCUAUUUCUGACCUGAAGUCAGAUAAGCAAGCUCUUCUUGACUUCGCUGCUGUUGUACCCCAUUCAAGGAAGCUCAACUGGAACCCUGCUUCAUUGGUCUGCAAGUCUUGGGUAGGUGUCACUUGCAAUUCGAAUGGCACUCGUGUGGUUGAACUUCGACUCCCUGGAGUAGGACUUUUGGGUCAUAUCCCACCAAACACCCUUGGUAAACUAGAUGCCCUCAAUACUCUCAGCCUCCGAUCCAAUGUCCUUGAAGGUGACCUUCCUUCUGAUGUUACCUCUCUUCCAUCACUCCAGAACCUCUUCCUCCAACAUAAUAACUUUUCUGGUGGUGUUCCAACCUCCUUUUCCUUGAAGCUCAAUGUACUGGAUCUCUCAUUCAAUUCUUUCACAGGCAUAAUUCCCCAAACAAUAGCAAAUUUAACACAACUUACCGGAUUAAGCCUCCAAAAUAACGCACUUUCUGGACCCAUACCUGAUCUCAACCACACCAGGAUCAAGCAUUUGAAUUUAAGCUACAACCAUCUUAAUGGAUCAAUUCCAGUGUCUCUUCAAAAGUUCUCUAAUUCAUCCUUCAUUGGAAACUCUCUCUUAUGUGGACCACCUCUUAAUCCUUGCUCCAUAGUCCUUCCUCCCUCUCCAUCUCCUGCUUACAUCCCCCCACCAGCAACUUCACAUAAGCGAAGCUCAAAAUUGAAACUGACAAUGGGAGCAAUCAUUGCCAUUGCUGUGGGAGGGUCUGCUGUGCUGUUUCUUGUCGUUUUAAUCGUCUUUUGCUGCUGUUUGAAGAAAAAAGAUAAUGAAGGCCCUGGUGUGUUGAAAGGGAAAGCAGUUAGCAGUGGUAGGGGUGAGAAGCCCAAAGAGGAUUUUGGAAGUGGGGUGCAAGAAUCUGAGAAAAACAAGCUGGUAUUCUUUGAAGGCUGCUCUUACAAUUUCGAUCUCGAGGAUUUAUUAAGAGCUUCAGCUGAAGUUUUAGGAAAGGGUAGUUAUGGUACAGCAUAUAAGGCUGUCUUGGAGGAAUCAACCACAGUGGUGGUGAAAAGGUUGAAAGAAGUGGUGGUGGGAAAGAGAGACUUUGAGCAGCAGAUGGAGAUUGCAGGGAGAGUUGGGCAGCACCCAAAUGUUGUGCCAGUUCGUGCUUAUUAUUACUCAAAGGAUGAGAGGCUUCUAGUGUAUGACUAUAUCCCAGGUGGCAGCUUAUCCACGCUUUUGCAUGCAAACAGGGGAGCUGGCAGAACUCCACUAGAUUGGGACUCUAGGGUUAAGAUUGCCCUUGGUGCUGCACGGGGAAUUUCCCACCUUCAUUCUGCUGGCGGUCCAAAGUUUACUCAUGGAAAUAUCAAGUCGUCAAAUGUCCUCCUCAGCCAAGAUCAUGAUGGUUGCAUCUCUGAUUUUGGCCUGACCCCUCUUAUGAACGUCCCUGCUUCUUCAUCUCGGAGUGCUGGUUAUCGUGCUCCUGAGGUGAUUGAAACCAGUAAGCACUCUCAUAAAUCAGAUGUCUACAGCUUUGGUGUCAUCCUUCUCGAGAUGCUGACUGGGAAAGCUCCAAUCCAAUCACCAAGGCGUGAUGACAUGGUUGAUCUCCCAAGAUGGGUCCAAUCAGUUGUAAGGGAGGAGUGGACAGCUGAGGUUUUUGAUGUUGAACUGAUGAGAUACCAAAACAUUGAAGAAGAAAUGGUGCAGAUGUUGCAAAUUGGGAUGACCUGUGUAGCAAAGGUGCCAGACAUGCGACCUAACAUGGAAGAAGUUGUUCGAAUGAUUGAAGAAAUCCGGCAAUCUGACUCAGAGAACCGGCCAUCUUCUGAAGGGAAUAAGUCCAAGGACUCAAAUGUGCAUACUCCAUGAUUGACUAAAUUGUUGCUGCUUGAUUUUAAGAUCAAGAUUCAAAAAGUGCUAUGAGCACCUGCCUUGUAAGGUUUCUCGAGCAUUUAUUCAAGCUUAUGUGUAUGUGCAGUGCAGCAUCAUAGAGUGUGAAUUUGUCUCAAUUUUUUUUCCUCUUCUUUUUUCAGAUAUGUAGCAGUGCUUUGAUUUUUAAUUUUUAAGUCUGAUUAGCUGGAAACCUCUUGAUUUGUUGUAAAACUUCAUUCAAAAUUUGUGAAUGAAUUGAUGAGACUUGAAUCAAGAACACUCCAUUUUUUUC